UCAGAUACAGAUUAAAAAGUAACGAAAAUUUGGACAAAGAACUUUUACAAAAUAUAGAAAAUAUUAUGAGAACUUCAAACGCAUACACAAAAUCUUACAUGAUGAUGUCAGAAGUAAUUAAAAUAGAAACUGAAUUAGCAAGACAAAAUAAUGAAGAUGUUCCAGAGUUACAACUAUUGUUCACGUUGAAAAAAGGUUUUGAUAAAAAAAGAUAUAAUUAUCAAAGUUACAAUGAAGUUGCUGCUAUUUUCAAUACAAACUCAGAAGGAGAAAUACCAGAAUCUUAUGUAACAGUUUAUAAUAAGUCUACAAAGGAACUGAAAUCAGUUAGUAAUUUAGAUCCGAAUGUUGAACCAUGGAUCUAUCCCAUAUUUUAUCCACUUGGAAAUAAAGGUUAUAAUAUUAAUAUGCUUCGUAGUGAUAGUGAUUUUAGAAGUAAAAAACAUAAUAUUUCUAGGUCUGCCUAUUGUAAAUACAAAAUUGCUAUAAGAGAUAAGGAAUUUAAUCAAUUUUUAUAUGGGGGAAGAUUGUUUCAACAAUGGGUAGUUGACAAUUAUGUAAAAAUAGAGAAAGAUAGAUUGCAAUUUUGUGCAAACAAUCAAGCUCAAUUGAGAAGUGAAACAUAUCAAGGAUUAAUCGAUUAUUUACAAAAUAAUGAGUUAGAAAAUGAUGUACAUGUUGGAAAAAUGCUUAUAUUGCCUUCCACUUUUAUAGGAUCACCUCGUAAUAUGAUGCAACAAUAUCAGGAUGCCAUGGCUAUUGUUGGUCGUCAUUGUAGACCAGAUUUAUUUAUUACAAUGACGUGUAAUCCAAAUUGGAAAGAGAUACAAGAAAAUUUAUUACCUCAUCAAACUGCUUCUGAUAGACCUGAUAUAGUAACUAGAGUUUUUGCAUUGAAGGUGAAACAACUUUUAAAUGUUAUUGUUGACAACAAAUUAUUUGGAGAGGUUAAGUCUUAUGUUUAUGUUAUUGAAUUUCAAAAGCGAGGAUUACCACAUAUUCAUUUGUUAGUUAUAUUAAAAGAAAAUUCUAAAAUAUUAACAGUUGAAAGUGUUGAUCGUUAUAUUUCUGCAGAAAUUCCUGAUGAAAAUAUCAAUCCUUCCUUGCAUAACAUAAUAAUGCAAAAUAACAUUCACGGACCUUGUGGAGAUUGGUGUUUAAUUGAUGGUAAAUGUUCAAAAAAUUUUCCAAAAAGUUACCAAGAAGAAACUACAAUUGAAGAAAACUGUUAUGUUCGUUGUCGUCGAAGAAAUAAUAAUAAAACGUAUGAGCGACCAAAUGGAUUUGUUGUUGACAAUUCUAAUGUGGUUCCAUAUUGCCCUACACUUUCGGAAAUAUUUAAUUGCCAUAUAAAUGUGGAAAUAGUUUCAAGUAUUAAAUCUGUUAAAUAUCUAUAUAAAUAUAUUUUCAAGGGUCAUGAUGCUGCAUCCAUUAUUAUUACAAAUGCGAAUGGUGAGGUAACUGUUAAUCACAAUGAAAUUAAUCAUUAUGAAGAAAAUAGGUAUGUAGGUCCUGUUGAGGCUGUUUGGAGAAUUUUAAGUAAACCUUUAGGGAAAAAGAGCCAUAGUAUAAAUCGUUAA